AUGAAAGUACAGACACGUCUCCCUUUUUUAUUGGGGUGUUGGACUCUGUUAUACCUGGAAUUCAUCCCAACGGCAUUGAGCCAUAUCGGGACCGCACACGGUGCAUCUGAGAGCAUACAGGAGGAUAACACGGGCGGUGGACACGCGGGAGCACAGCCCAGGACCGGGGGUACCGUUAAACUCAUGGUGGGAAAUUACGGUACCUCGGUGCGGAAACCCACGAAUGGAGCGCGGAUCACGCGUAUAAGGACCGGACCCCCGCUGAUUAAGGGCGAGUCAGCCAGCCAAGUCAAAACUGUGACAUCAGUCACAGCGCAAGGCAGCGCAGCAUCCACUCACGUUCGAGGGGCAAUCAAUUUAGGAAGAAAAGAGGCAGCGCGCUCUUGGGUACCCGGAGACACUGUCAGAGCGAGCUCCGCUACUGCACCAUGGGCGUUAACCGCGCACACGGGCACAAGCCCGGUAGGACGGGGAAAAGUAAAGGCAGGCAUCAAAGCCGCCCCGGUGCCGGCUAGGACCGGACAACAAAAACCUGCUGCUACGCAUAAGCAUAUCGCUCCACUGGCACAGAGGAGUUCGAAACCCGCUGACAAGUCGGGUGACAGAGAUGCUCCAAAACACCCGUUGGUGACCCCACAUGACUACAUGUUGUCGCUGUACUGGUCACUUUCCACGGGAGAGGUCAACAGUAGCGUUCUCCACGAGGCUGGCAUGGCCAAUACCAUCACCAGCUUUGUGGACAAAGGACAAGACGAUCGCCUCCCUCAGUUGAGAAGACAGAAGUAUUACUUCAACAUCAGCUCUCUGGAGAAGGAAGGCUUGCUGGGUGCCGAGCUCCGGAUUCUCCGGAAGAGGCUGGCAGACCCCCGCAAAGCUCGCUCUACGGGUGGAGUAUUCAGUCUAAAGCUUUUCACCUGUGCCACAGGUAAGCAGAAAGCAACGCUGCUCCAAUCACGUGCCAUUGAGGAACAAGAUGCGCCCAAAUGGGAAGUGUUUGACAUCUGGAAACUGUUCAAGAAUUUCAAGAACACUGUCCAGCUUUGCUUUGAGCUGGAGGCCUUGGAGCGUGGGCGACCCGUAGACCUCAGGGCGCUGGGUUUCAACCGUCAGGGCAGGCAGACCAAAGAGAAGGCUUUCUUCUUAGUGUUCGGCCGGACCAAAAAACGGGACCUGUUCUACAACGAGAUCAAAGCCAGGUCCGGUCACGACAACAAGACGGUCUACGAGUACCUGUUCACCCAGCGACGGAUGCGGCGAGCUCCGGUGGCCCGCGGGAAGAAGCUGGCCAAGCACCCCAAGCCGCGCUGCAACAGGAAGCAGCUCCACGUCAACUUCAAGGAGAUGGGCUGGGACGACUGGAUCAUCGCCCCGCUGGAGUACGAGGCCUACCACUGCGACGGCGUUUGCGACUUCCCCAUCCGCUCCCACCUGGAGCCCACCAACCACGCCAUCAUCCAGACCCUCAUGAACUCCAUGGACCCGGACUCCACGCCCCCAACCUGCUGCGUGCCCACCAGACUCAGCCCUAUUAGCAUCCUCUACAUUGACUCGGCCAACAACGUGGUCUACAAACAGUAUGAGGACAUGGUUGUGGAAUCCUGCGGCUGCAGGUAGCAGCUGAUUAGCUGCGCAACGAUCUGCUGACCACCUUUCAUUGCCGUUGCAAAUUUCAGAAAGACUGAGAGACUCAAACUCAGAGCAGUCUAAUGUAUUCUAGUCUAAGGGCACUGGACCUUACCUCUUUGGCAGCCCUUGAUUUCAGAAAGC